AUGUACCUUACUAUUCUUGAAGGAUCCAUGGGAUGUGUGUUCGGCCAACAUGAUGAGACUGGUAGGAAAGAACACGCCAUAUACUAUUUAAGCAAGAAGUUCACCGAUUGCAAGAGUAAAUAUUCAAUGCUUGAGAAGACUUGUUGUGCACUUGCUUGGGCUUCCAAAUGCACAAGACAUUAUAUGCUCACCCAUACAACGCUGUUAAUCUCCAAGAUGGACCCCGUCAGGUACAUCUUCGAGAAGCCUGAUCUAACCGAUAGAGUAUCCCAAUGGCAAAUAGCUUUAACUGAGUACGACAUCCAACAUGUCACUCAAAAGGCCAUCAAAAGGAGUGUAUUUUCUGAAUAUCCUUCACACCAACCCUUGGAAGACUACAUGUCCAUGCGCUUUGAGUUCCCCGACGAGGACAUCAUGCUAAUCAAAGACUACAACAUACUCGGACCCAAGGAAGGACCUGAAUCGGGAUCCCGGUGGAUUCUUGUAUUCUAUAGACCUUCUAACGCUCACGGAAAUGGAAUUGGGGCAGUCAUCACCUUCCCAACUGGUUUCCAUCUACCCUUCACUGCAAGGUUUGGUUUUGAAUGUACCAAUAACAUGGCAGAAUACGAGGCUUGUAUCUUCAGCAUUGAAGCUACAAUUGAUCUUAGGAUCAAGAUUCUAGAAGACUAUGGAGAUUCAGCCUUGGUCAUCAGCCAAGUCAAGGGAGAUUGGCAGGCUCGAGAUCGGAAGCUCAUCCCUUACAAAGAGCAUGUUCUAAAACUGACCCCAUACUUUGACGAGAUUACAUUCAAUGACAUUCCUGGAGAGGAAAAUCAAUUUACCGACACCCUGGAAACUUUGUCAUUUAUGUUUAAGGUCAAAUGGAAAAAUGAAGCACCAACUUUCCACCUCAACUACUUGGACAAGCAUGCCCAUGUUUGGCAGCAGAAGACGAAUUCGACGAUUAUUCUUGGUUUUACGAUAUCAUGA